AUGAACCCUUUCGCGCAAAAAGUGUGGCAUCGGGUGGCCUUCGUAUCGGAGCUGCCCAAUCUUGACGAUGAUAAGAUUGCUCCACGAUGCAAAGCCUUCAAGAUCCCGGUCGGCCAGUCACCAGUCGAGGCAGAUCUGGACAUGCCAGGGGAUCUGAAAGACCAAGUCAUGGUGUUCAAAUACAAGGAUAAGAUCCAUGCCAUUGACCAUCAAUGCCCUCACUCCUCAUUUCCUCUGUCGCAGGGUAGCCUUUUCGACAUUGAGGACUUUGGCAUUGUCCUGAGCACUGGAAUCACAUGUCCCAAGCACAAUUGGUCUUUUGACAUUAUCUCUGGACAUGCAGAUCGUGGAAAUUACCGUCUGAAGGUGUGGGAAGUAGAACUACGUGACCACGACACCGACCAAGAAGUGUGGGUGAGACGCAAGCAACGGAUUGGUUGA